CCCGUGCGUUUACAAAAGAACUCGUCCACCCUCUUCUGGGACCAGCUUUUUCCUCCACCAUCAUCACGAUACAACAACAAGAACAACAGAACACAACAAGUAUUCGAUCGAUGAGCAUAUAGCCAUACAAACACCGACAGUGUUUACUACUCAAGCCCACCCAACCAAAGUACCCACCCACCGGUGACUCAGAAAUAUCAAGCAUUCAAAAUGCCUUCCUCAGUCACCUUUGCCAACGCUACUCCAGCGAAGAGCAAUUCCAUCUACACCCGACCACAGAAGAAGCAGAAGAUGAGCAUCACUCAAACAUACUUCCUCGCUCACAGUGCCCGCGGCAAGCUCUCCAAGGAGGCUGCCCGGCCUGAUCACGACCUCCGUCUUUUGGUCGGCCACGCCAACAUGCUCGACUCUUUGAUGCUCGAUCUCGCCAAUGCCGAGCAAGAGCAAGAGCGAUGGUUCAAUAACAUCGUCAGCGGCUCAUCCGAGGAGGCCGAGGAAAAGCCAAAGCACGUCGAGACCAUCCCCGAAGAGGCCGAGGAGGAAUCUGAAGAUGAGGCCGAAAUCACAGCCGUGGAAGUCGACUCGGAUAUGGAAGACUACGAGGAGGAGCUCACACUCACCCGAACCGCCUCUCGACACUCACCUCCCGAGUUGAGCCUCGACUCCGACUCCUCCGACUCAGAUGAAGAUGAGCACAUGCCACCCUCACCACCCGCAACCACCGUUGAGGCACUCAACGAGAAGCAACGACAAGCCAUUGCAACCACAUCAUACUACGACGCCAAACAAGCAUCCUCGUUAACGAUCGAAGAGUCGGAAGCCUUUGAACAAGAAGGUUUCUUUCUCCCAUCAAGGCAACAGCCGACGAUAAUCGCUGCCUACUAGUGCAGGUGUCGCUGACCGCCCUUGAGCUUGACUUUUCGACUUUUGCUGCGAGCGACUGAUACCCGAGCGUUUGAAGCAUUGGAUUUUAUGAAUGUCUUAACGAGCAUGGUGUUUCUUGGAACUGGCAUAACUUGACAACAACAAUCACAACCCAAAAUUAUUUGGCACUUGGAAACCUUGGAAACCAAAGGGGAUCGAACAGAGAUGGGAACGAUCACGGAGCAUCGAGAAGGACAUCGACCUCAUUGCCGACUCAGUAGUCGUGGCUGAAAUAUGCCAGCCUGAGGAAGCAACGGGGACAGUAUGCCUCGCCUCGUGUUUUGAUUGAUCUUGAAUCAUCUAUGACUCUACUCUAUGUAUUACUGCAGAUAGUUCUCCCUCCGUAUGUUUGAGGUUGAGACUUUCAAAAUGAUCAAUAUUGAAUCUCCAAAAAA